AGCUCAGAAUCCGGGUUGUAUUCUUGCUUCAACAGUGUUUGAACGGAAUAGAACCCAGACCGCGCCAAAACCUCCUUACCUUUUUUUUAAAAACUAAAAAAGAACUUUUUUUGAAGCAACCUUUUUUGUACCGAACUCGUGCAGGAUGUCUGCUCAAGUGCGCCAGAAUUACCACCAGGAAUGCGAGGCCAGCGUCAACCGGCAGAUCAACAUGGAGCUGUAUGCCUCUUACGUCUACCUGUCGAUGUUUGCUUACUUCGAUCGGGAUGAUGUGGCGUUGAAGAACUUCGCCAAGUUUUUCAAGGAUCAGUCCCACGAGGAGCGGGAACAUGUAGAGAAGCUGGUCAAAUUCCAAAACCAACGUGGAGGACGUGUUAUCCUCCAGGACGUUGCGAAACCUGACCGAGAUGAAUGGAGCAAUGGCCUGGAAGCUGUGCGGUGCGCUCUUCACUUGGAGAAGACCGUGAACCAGUCUCUCCUGGAGCUCCACAAACUCGCUUCUGACAAGAACGACCCUCAUAUGUGCGACUUCCUGGAAACCCACUUCUUGCAUGAGCAGGUCGAAGCCAUCAAGAAGCUUGGAGACAUGAUCACCAAUCUGACCCGCAUGGGGGCGCCCCAGAACGGCAUGGCCGAGUACCUCUUUGACAAGCAUACACUGGGAGAGGAGAGCAGCUAAAACGCCAAACCUCAGGAAAUCAGUGUGCCUGUUCUAUUUUCAGCAUACUUCAAUACCUUUCUCUUGAUAGAUGAUUCUUUUAAUUGAGUCGGUUUUUGGUAAUUGUCAUUUUUGAAUUGGGUGUUCACUUGUUUGUGAAAUAAGUGAAAAGGUAUUUCUACUGUGAGAUUUUCAAUCUUUGUACCUGGUUUCUAAAAGACAUUUGUAAACCAUGUGGCACAACUGAGGAUUUGUUGCUUAAAUAAAAGUUGGUAAAAAGUG